CUUUUGGGACGAAGUUAACAAAGAAUGUGUUGAACAAUAAACAGUACGGAACACUCCUUCAAAAUUCUAGUACUCCUUAACCAUAGUACCCGUCCUUGUUAUGGGUACUCCUUAAGGCCGGCCGGGCCCCGUCCAAUUGUUGACGACAGCCUGCGUACCGCCGACGAAGAUUCACAUCGUCCGUGCAGACCUUCUUUAUUUGCGGGACCACUUUUUCCACUUUUUUAUCAUUACCCCAUACUUUCCGGCAAAGGGAUACUCCGGCGGGCCAAAAAAAAUGGUUAUCGAAAUCUCCGAACCAAACACUUGCAUUCGCGGUUGUUGCCACAGCCAAACGAUCCCUCUGCAUCUCCCGCCUUCUUCUUACUCUGUCUCAGUUACGAUCGCCAGAGGCGCGGAGAGCGUGGUGUACGAAGGGAUUCUCAACGGCCGGAAAGUCGCCGUGAAAAAGCCCAUUCUAGCCACUUCCGAUGAUUUGAAUAAAUUCCACAAGGAAUUGCAGUUGCUCUGCUUGCUGGAUCAUCCGGGAAUAGCUAAGCUUGUUGCUGCACAUGCGAGGCCUCCAAAUUAUAUGUAUUUCUUUGAAUUCUAUGAGCUUGGGAAUCUGGCUGCUCAGUUGCACGUUGAACAAUGGAGUCCGAGCACUCACAAGGUGCUUGAUGUCUCGUCUAAACUAGCUAAGGCUCUGCAAUAUCUGCAUACACUUGGGAUUGUCCAUAGGGAUGUGAAACCGUCUAAUGUUCUGCUCGACAAAAACCUUCAACCACAUCUAGCUGACUUUGGUUUGGCAGAACACACGGAAAAUGUUAAACAAGUCUCCACUCAAAGCUGGAAGUCAACUGGCAAGCCAACUGGUGGAUUCCACAAGAGGAAUAUGGUUGGAACACUUAUUUACAUGGCACCUGAAGUUCUAAAGAAAGGUUUACCUACAGAAAAAUCUGAUGUUUACAGUUUCGGAAUAUCAGUCAAUGAGCUUCUUACGGGUGUUGUCCCAUACACUGAUCUUCGUGCAGAAGCACAGGCUCAUACUGUGCUCGAGAUGAACUACACUGAGCAACAACUUACCACAGCUGUGGCAUCUGAAAGUUUACGGCCCGUGCUUGCUGGUCCUAAUUCUAGUAUACCAGCAAGUUUAGUUUCUUUGAUAAGUAGGUGCUGGGCUGAUGAUCCCCAGAAUAGGCCCUCAUUUGAUGAUAUCGUUAUGGAACUUGAUUCCAUUAUGGAGCAUGAAAUUAAAGUCAACAAUGGAGAAGAAAAGGCUUCAGACGCGCAUUCUGUUUCUCAAGGUUAUCAGGAGAACAUAUAUUGGUCUAGUAGGGGUGAAGAUUUUGCAAGGACAGUCUCUUUUACCCCUAAUUCUUGUGUGGGUUCGUGGGACAAUUCUCCUGAUGUUCCUCCCGUAUAUUCACCAGUCCUUUCAUGGGGUUCCUUUGCUAGCUGUGGGAGAAGAGAAACAAUGGAGGAUAGACACUUUCUAAUCCCCAACAUGUUUGAUACACAGGACAUCCAUGUAUUUGGAAUCUUUGAUGGUCAUCGAGGUGCAGCAGCUGCUGAGUUUUCUGUUGGAGCUCUACCUGGAAUUUUGAAAUCUCUUGACUCAAGGGACAUGUUUCACUGUCCCUCAAAAGCCCUUACUGAAGCAUUCAUCCAAACUGAUAUUGCAUUCAGAAAGGAACUUAGUUUUCAGAAGAAACUCAAGGGAGCUAUUAAAAAAGACUGCCAUCCUGGUUGCACUGCAAUUGCUGCACUUAUAGUUAAAAACAAGCUUAUUGUUGCUAAUGCAGGUGAUUGCAAAACAAUCUUGUGUCGAGCUGGAAAUUCAUAUGCUUUAAGUAGGGACCAUGUUGCUAGUAGUUUUGAGGAGAGAGAGCGAGUCACUAAAGCCGGCGCCCAGGUUAAAUGGCAAGUUGACACAUGGAGGGUUGGUAAUGCAGCUCUUCAGGUCACACGGUCUAUUGGCGAUGACGAUCUUAAGCCAGCUGUAACUGCAGAACCUGAGAUUUCUGAAACUAUUAUGUGCCCUGAUGAUGAAUACAUUGUAAUGGGUAGUGACGGGCUGUGGGAUGUUUUGAGGGAAGAGGAAGUGGUGAGUAUAAUAGGAGACACAGUGAAAGAGGCAGGUAUGUGUUCUAAGAGGUUGGCAACUGAAGCUGCUGAACGCGGCAGCCAAGACAAUAUUACGGUUAUUGUCGUGUUCUUGCGUCCUGUCUCCACUGCCCAAAGAAUUUAUUGAUCUGAUCUAGCAGCAUAUGAUGCAUUCUUAUUUAAUCAGGAUUUGGUUCCCUAAUCCGGCUCAUCUCCUGUGUAAAUUAGGCAACCUGCACGCUCUUUUUGGAGCAGUUAUUACACUAUGAUACUACUAUAAUAUUAGCAGUCUGUACAUGCACCUCUAUAAUCUUAUAUAACUUGGAGUAUUUUUUACUUGGAGUUAGAGCGUGUUUGGGAUCACUUGUUGUAUAAGUAAUUUUAUCUUCAAUGCUAUCUCAUUUAAGCACUUGAAGUGCUUUUCUUAGUAGCAAUUUGUUUUGUCUUAUUUUUUGAGCUUAUUAACCAGCUUUUUUUUAAGAACCAGCUUUUUAUUUAUCAACACACUGAUUUCUUGAC